AUGGUGAGUCGAACUCACUCAGUCGAAAACGGAGUGUCAGACGAGGCGGUUCACUGAUUGCCACUUAGCUAGCAUUCAACUUACUUGUUAGAUCAAGCGCGGACCUAGAAACAACAUCACUUUUUUUUGUUUUAAUCCCCAUAUAAAACAUCUUUUUUUUGUUGUUUGAGUUCGCGAGUUUUUCACCCAGAAGAGAAAUGACAAUCUAUGGGCUGUUGGUGCAGAUCAUAAUCGUUUGUAACUAGCCAUCUGAAGAGUCCCCCUUCCGAGGAGGAGCAGCCAUGGCACCGCCCCAAGAGCAGCCGGAGGAUGAUAUUAUCACCAAGAUACCCUCGAUAAUUGGAUUCCUGAACUUGGACUGACUGGCGACAAUUGGAUGACUUUGGCCCCCCUUUUACCCCGAAUUCGAUGAGCUGACCAGCUGACCUAGAGAGCCAAGGCUGAAGUGCUGAAUCAUGAGAAUUAUAGCUAGAAAUCUGUCAUAAUCUUACGGCUAACAACAAACGCUUAAAUAAACCAGCAAUGUGAGCAAAGCUAUUGGGUUCUUGUGUUUAAGUAGGAAAUGCCCGAAAGUCGGCAAUGGACUUUGCAGCCUUUGGGCUGUAAAAUAAUUUGGGUAAUCGAAUAUUCAAUCGAAUGUACAACACUGGUCGGCAGUGACAGGACCCAACUGACAUACUGCCAAGUUCCAGAGAGAAAUGGGGAAAAAAACAAGUAGGUAAUAAUGACGGCACGGACAAAAAAAUAUGUAAAACCAAGCGACGAUCUGAUCUGUGAACUGGCUAGCAUCCUCGGUCGGCAAUUCGAUUGCAUUCAUUGUCAUCCAUCGAAGAUCGAAGAUCGAAGUUAUCCGAGGGGCAGCAUAGAUAGGGCUAAAACCCGGACGAAAACCAGGACACAGGAGGAUCGGAAUCGGGAAGAGGAACGGGAACGGGAACAUAAACAGGUAGCACCGCGAGGCGAAGAGAAGCGGAGCGGUGAGAGUUGGAAGCUGUCCUCGAGGAACUCUUCCCGGAGGCAGAAGAAAUGUUUUCGGCGGUGAAGCCGCUCUCCAAGUAUCUCCAGUUCAAGUCAAUACGCAUCUACGACUCCGUCUUCACCAUCCACUCCAGGUGCACCGUGGUCAUCCUGCUCACCUGCUCGCUUCUCCUGUCCGCGCGCCAGUACUUCGGGGAUCCGAUCCAGUGCAUCAGCGAGGAGAAGAACAUCGAGUACAUACAGUCCUACUGCUGGACCAUGGGCACCUACAUCCUCAAGCAGGACACCUUCGGCGAUCAGGAGCAGGCGCUGGUUUCCUCAAGCCAGCAAGUCUCCCCUAACUCUGCCUUCUUCUCAUCCGCCACAACCAACGCACCGCAGUCAUCGUCGAGAGUCCGCUCCAGAACCCACUUCACAUCGAAUCUGCGCAGGAUUGGCGAGUACAACGAGGCCUACGCGCGGUCCCUGUCGAUAGCCGAGGGAGUGGGCCCCGAGGUCCGUGGCCAGACGGAGCGGCAGUACCUGCGCUACUACCAGUGGGUCAUCAUCCUGCUGCUCUUCCAGUCGUUCAUCUUCUACUUCCCCUCAUGCCUGUGGAAGGUGUGGGAGGGCCGGCGGCUGAAGCAGCUCUGCUCGGAGGUCGGCGAGGCGCUCCUCUCGGAGGAGACCUACAACACCCGGCUACGCAUGCUGGUCAAGUACUUCACCACCGACUACGAGGACAUGCACUUCUGUUACAUGGCCAAGUACGUCUUCUGCGAGGUCCUCAAUUUCCUCAUCAGUGUGGUGAACAUAAUCGUGCUGGAAGUGUUCCUGAACGGAUUCUGGUCGAAGUACCUGCGCGCGCUGGCCACCAUUCCGUUCUACGACUGGGAUCGCUGGAACCGCGUGUCCUCGAGCGUCUUUCCCAAGAUCGCCAAGUGCGAGGUGCUCAAGUUCGGGGGGAGCGGCACGGCGAACGUGAUGGACAACCUGUGCAUCCUGCCGCUGAACAUCCUGAACGAGAAGAUCUUCGUCUUCCUGUGGGCGUGGUUCCUGCUCAUGGCCCUGAUGUCCGGCUUGAACCUUCUGUGCCGGCUGGCCAUGAUCUGCAGCAGGUAUCUCCGAGAGCAGAUGAUACGCAGCCAGCUGCGUUUCAUGACCAAGCGGCAUGUGAAGCGUGCCCUGCGUGACCUGACCAUCGGCGACUGGUUCCUGAUGAUGAAGGUCAGCGUCAACGUGAAUCCCAUGCUCUUCCGGGACCUAAUGCAGGAACUUUGCGAGCUGCGCACCUCCGAAUCGGGCAGCACCCUGGAGAGUCCCGUCUAGGAUAGCUAGUGACCAGGACCACGGAAAGGAUUAGGAUCCCCAGUUCGCCUCGUCCUCCGACUGCCCACUACCAAUUGACGUUGCCGUCGUUCGUUAAUUCGUGCCCUUAUCACAUGCCUAAAUCUGUAUAUUACAUAUAAUUCCUCUCAAUUCCUUUAAAAAUUCUGUACUUCUAUGUUUUAAGACAAUAAGCGAGUAAAAAUCUAUUUUAAGUCA